AUGACAUCGAGGGCCCUUUGCGUGACACGCGCCGCGCUCCGGCCACACCGAGCGGCGCCGUCCUCCCUCGCUCGUUGUCUCACCACCUCCACCUCGCGGCCCACCUCCAUCCCCACCUCGGUCCUGUCCACGCGCGCCUCCCUUGCCGCUCCUUUCCGUCCCUCCAACCCAAGAUCGAACGCUGCCGCUGCAGCUUUCGCAUCUCCGGUAUCUACCCCCGCCAAAGAUGGCGACGAGCUCAAACAGCUCUUUGACGACGACUACUCGGCCCCCACAGGCGGCCUCUUCUCCGGCCAAGAAGGUCUCUUCACUUACGGGCCCUUGACGCACGCCAAAGCCCUACGCCCACUCACGGAACGCACGCUGGUACACGUCCGCGCCAUUGUUGAGCGGAUAGCGCGCGCACCCACCGUCGGACCCGCCGAACUGAGGUUGGUCGUCAAGAACCUCGACCGACUGAGCGACCUCCUCUGCGGCGUGAUCGACAUGUGCGAGCUCGUACGCAAUGCGCACCCCGAACCUGCGUGGGUCGCCGAGGCCGACCGUGCGUACGACCGUCUCUGCAGUUACAUGAACGAGCUGAAUACGCACCGCGGGCUAUUUGAGGCGCUCGUCGCUACUCUUGAGGCGGAACACAACCCGCCCCUUAGCCAUGCUGAGAGGCAGGUCGCGCUCACGUUCCUGCGCGACUUUGAGAAGAGCGGAAUCGACCUUCCUCCUGAGCGUCGGGCGCGUUUCGUCGAGCUUUCCGACUCGCUCCUGGGUUUGGGACGGAGCUUCCUCUCCAACGCCAGCGCACCACCCGUCUCUACCCCGCCGGUCGAGAUCCCAGAUCAACUGCUGAGCGGCCUGCCGCCUCAUUUUGUCGACACACUCCCUCGCAGCAAGGGUGUGGUGUUCGUCAUGCCGGGCAGUUGGGAGGCUCAGGUGAUUCAGCGAUACGCACCGCAGAGCGAGGCGCGGCACCUCGCGUACGUCGGCAACGCGCGGGCCGACCCCGACCGCGUGGGCGUGUUGGAGGAGAUGCUCGCGCAGCGCGCCGAGCUGGCUGGUGUGCUCGGCAAGGACUCGUGGGCCGAGGUCGCGCUCGUGGACAAGAUGGCCAAGACCCCGUCCAACGUCUGGGGCUUCCUCACGUCCUUGGCCGACCACCACCGUACCCAGGCAGCGGACGACGUGGCCGUCCUCGCGCGCCUCAAGGCGCAGGCUACCGGAAUGGACAGGUCUGGCCCGCUGCCGCAUCUCUACGCUUGGGACAGGGACUACUUCUCCGAGAAGUAUGCGCAGAGCCAGGCUCCCGCUAGUCUCGCGCCUCUCGCACCCUACUUCUCCGUGGGGACGGUGAUGCGCGGCCUCUCCCGCCUCUUUUCGAGGUUGUACGGUAUCUCGUUCCGACCGGCGACGCCAGGUCCGGGUGAGACGUGGCACCCUUCCGUGCGCCGGCUCGACGUCGUGGACGAGGAGCAAGGCACCAUCGGCGUCAUUUACUGUGACCUGUUCUCGCGCGAGGGCAAACCGCCCAGCGCUGCGCACUACACCGUGCGCUGCUCUCGGCGGGUGGACGACGACGACGUGCGUGGCGACGGCCUGCCCGAGGGUUGGGACUCACGAUGGGGACCGGGCCUCGAGACGGAGGGCGACGCUGUGCGCGGCAUGACGGGGCGAUACCAGCUCCCGAUUGUUGUGCUGUGCACCGACUUUGGGAACGAUGCGAACCGCCCCGCUCUGCUGGGCUGGCAUGAAGUCGAGACGCUCUUCCACGAGAUGGGCCACGCCAUGCACUCGAUGAUCGGACGGACAGAAUAUCACAAUGUGAGCGGGACGCGCUGCGCGACCGACUUUGUCGAGUUCCCCUCAAUCCUGAUGGAGCACUUUGUCAAGUCUCCCAGCGUGCUCGCCCUCUUUGCGGAGCACUACGAGGCUGGGCGACCUCUCCCACCCGCCCUCUUCCAAAACCACAUGGCGCUCCAGUCCUCUCUCGCGGCGCUCGAGACCCACGGACAGAUCAUCAUGGCCAUGCUCGACCACCAGUACCACGCCCUCGCGCCCGGCGAGGCAGUCGACAGCACGGCCGUCUACACGGCGCUGCAGGAGCGCGUCGGCGUGAUCCCGCCCGUCGAGGGAACGGCAUGGCAGACCCAGUUCGGGCACCUGUAUGGGUACGGCGCGACGUACUACUCGUACCUGUUUGACCGUGCGAUCGCGGGCAAGGUAUUCGGCACGCUGUUUGCGGCGGACCCGCUGAGCCGCGAGGCGGGCGAGGUGCUCAAGAAGCGCCUGCUGUGCUGGGGCGGCGGCAGGGAUCCAUGGGAGAUGGUGGGCGACGUGGUUGGCGGGGCGGAGGGCGAGGCUGUUGCGCGCGGCGACGAGCGCGCGAUGCAGCUCGUCGGCGGGUGGUAUGUCAAGUAG